AUGAUGGAAAUGAUGACAUUGAAGAAAUACAACCGCAUCCUUGUCCCAUGGGAAGGGACAAAGCAAAAGCUAAAGAAAAAAAAAAACGACAUCUUCAAUUUCGUCGGUCGGAACCAGAUAGUUAACCUCCGAGGAAAUGAUGACACAAAUGAUACAACUGAAUCUAACUUUGGAGAAACAUAUGACCGAAACCGUCCGACUCACGAAGAAUUGUUAAUCAAAGUCUCGUCUACCCGUUUCUUACACCUGCUCUUCCCCAACACCAUCACCGUCCUAUACGCCGUCGCUAUCCACCACCACCACCCUGGUCUGCCUUCUGAGUUAACGACCUCUUUGGGUGAAAACAUGAGCCUUUCACAAUCGCCACUACACAAUCUUUCCAAUCAAUCAGUUUAUUUUUUUUGA